AUGUGGGCUGUAGAAGCGGAUCCUCAGUGGGGAGCGGAGUCUGAACAGGAGGACUGUGAGCUCUCAGAUGGAAAGCUUCAAGAAGCUUUCGUCAAAGGACUCCUGAAACCCGGCAUGAACAUUCCUUUAGAAGAACCUAAACAAACCGUGAACAACAUGGAGGGUUUGAAGAAAUGCCUGGCGGAGUUUAAGAAGAAUCUGGCCUGGGUGGAGAGGCUGGACCUCACCACUCCGCCCACCAUCGACGUCAUGGCUAAAGUGGAGGGGAGGGCGGAGCCGAGCCAGGGCGGAGCUGAGGUCAACACAGAUGAUGAUUUUCAGAGGGAGAUGCACUUUUAUCGACAGGCCCAGGCGACUGUUCUCGAGGCGCUACCCAAGUUACAGAAGUUACAGAUUCCUACAAAACGGCUGGAGGAUUAUUUUGCGGAGAUGGCCAAAUCAGAUCAGCACAUGCAGAAGAUCAGGAAGAAGCUGAUCCAGAAGCAGAUGGUGAUGGAGAGAUCUGAGAAAGCCAAGAAGCUGAGAGAACAGAGGAAGUUCGGCAAGAAGGUCCAGGUGGAGGUUCUGCAGAAGAGGCAGAAGGAGAAGAAAUCCAUGAUGAUGGCGGUGAAGAAAUAUCAGAAAGGUAUGACUGAUAAACUGGACUUCCUGGAAGGAGACAGUGAGGGGAAGAAAGCAGCAGCACCGUCCAAACCACACCUUAACAAGGAAGGCCUGAACGCCAAGAGGACGUACAAGGACUCGAAGUUUGGCUUCGGCAGCAAAAAGAAAGGCUCCAAGUGGAACACGAGAUCCGCACCAUCCUGGGACGAACAGUGA